AUGCUUGGCGUUCUAAGGCGAAGAGUCGUUUCCGGAGGCUCCUCUGCUUCGAUUUUGGGGCACUCACUGCUGUCAAUCCGACCUGUUGCAAAAUCGGAGAUUUUACUUCAACCCAAAGGAGGAUUAGACCGUAUUCGAAACCUUUCUCACCUCAUUUUUGCAGGUUCCUCGCCUUGUAGCAGGACAACGAGGAAUGUCAGUGGCUACAUUCUGCCAGAGCCUAUCAGGCAAAUGUGGAGCAGGCCCUUUUCUUCUGAUGCAGGGGAUAUGGUUGAUGCCUUCGUCCCUUUUAUGGGUGAAUCUAUCACUGAUGGCACUUUGGCGAAAUUCUUGAAGAUUAUGCUCAAGCCUGGUGAUAGGGUUGCAGUUGACGAACCAAUUGCUCAAGUUGAAACAGAUAAGGUUCUGAUUGAUGUUACUAGUCCUGAAUCCGGUGUGAUCCAAAAGUUUGUGGCCAAUGAAGGGGAUACUGUCGAACCAGGCACCAAGAUUGCUGUUAUCUCAAAGUCUGGUGAAGGUGUAGACAAUGUCAGUCCAUCUGAGAAGACAUCGGAGAUAGCUCUUGCUCAACCAUCUCCCCCUGUUGAAAAGAUUGUCAAGAAUAAAACUACACCUGUUACUGAAAAGCGUAAAACUCCCUCUUCGCCACCUCCUAAACCCUCUGCCAGAGAACCUCAGCUUUACUCUAAGGAAAGGGAAAGACGAAUUCCAAUGACAAGGCUUCGGAGGCGGGUUAGUAUAAGAUUGAAGGACUCACAGAACACAUUCGCAAUGCUGACGACAUUCAAUGAAGUUGAUAUGACCAAUUUGAUGAAGCUUCGUUCUGAGUACAAGGAUGCAUUUGUUGAGAAGCACGGAGUCAAGUUGGGGCUUAUGUCUGGAUUUAUCAAAGCUGCCGUCAGUGGUCUCCAAAACCAGCCUACUAUUAAUGCAGUCAUUGAUGGGGACGAUAUCAUAUGCAGAGAUUACAUAGAUAUAAGUAUAGCCGUUGGCACUCCAAAGGACCUUGUUGUGCCAGUUAUCCGCAAUGUUGAUCAAAUGAAUUUUGCUGAGAUAGAGAAGGAGAUCAACACCCUCGCAAAGAAAGCAAACGAUGGAUCUAUAUCGAUCGACGAGAUGGCUGGAGGUACAUUUACAAUAUCCAGUGGAGUUUAUGGAAGCCUUCUAAGUACCCCCAUCAUCAACCCCCUUCAGUAGGCAAUCUUGAGCAUGCACUCAAUAGUUAACCGUCCAAUGGUUGUCGGAGGCAACAUUGUCCCGCGGCCGAUGAUGUACGUUGCUCUUACCUAUGACCAUAGGCUCAUUGAUGGAAGAGAGGCAGUUUACUUCUUGCGUCGUAUUAAAGAUGUUGUGGAGGACCCUCGGAGGCUUCUCCUCGACGUAUGAAGCCCCCCAUCAGCAGUGGUACGUGAUUUGAUUCGGGUUUUUGGAAAAAAUCUGAUAUACUACAGGAAACAUUGAUAUACUACAGGAAACAUAAAUACGUAAGGCACCAUUUUUGGUAGGAUUUUGAUCUGUUAACUGAGAUCCUAGGUGAGUUGUUCAAUUGAGGCUUGUCAGGUUGCGUUUUCUAAUUCUAAUGGUUGAUCGACCCCGUUUUCUAGAUGUUUUGAGCUAUUGUGAAUCUUAUAUGGUACGAAUUAUUUCCAAGGAACAACAUUUAUUUAGAACUACAAACCUUUUUGUAGAAUAUAUCUUAUUGUCGAAAGACAUUAUAUCCUUAUCAAUUCUUGGAUUUUGUUUCGGCUGAUGAUUCGAAUGGUUUAUUUUCAUGAUGUCCUUAACAUUGUCAUUGUUAUUUGUUUUUGCUUUGCAGAGUCCGAGUAAGGAGAUUGGCCCGUUCAGAAAAGUCUUUAUCUAAAUGGAUUCUUAUUCUUUUUUCUUUUCUUUUUUUAUUUAAAUGAGGAUUAGUUGUGAGGCCUAUCAUACAUUGAAUUUCAACGAUUCGAACUGUCAAUUUUUCUAAGUCUUUAUUUAUAGAUCCUCCUUGCAAAAUGAGUAGUCGAACCCAGGACGAUGCUUAUCCUUUCCAAUCAAUGUAAUCCAAAAUUUUCUUGUGAUCCAAAUUCGAUCAUAUAUUCAGUCAUGAAACGUGAACUUGUGAAUCUCAACUUGUGAUCCAGUCGGAUCAUAGAUUGAUUUGUAUUGAUUACCAACAAUUAUAAUAUUCUCGUAUUUCUUGAGCUGCAUUUAGGAAAACCAAAACCACUCUCCAGACCAAAAUUCCCAAAAAUCAUCCCAUUUUUCGGUUCCCAGGCAGCUCCUGGUGAACGAACUGAAUCUAACAUCCACUAAAACUGAUUUAGAACCAGCCCGAAAUUCGAAAACGCCAAAAAAUAAAAUGGUAACAAUUUCGGAUUCAAAUUUGGUGCAAGAGAAGUGUUGUAUGCAAUAAUGGAGAUUGUCUCUGACAGAGCAGAAAUGCACAAGAACAUUUAGGAUCCGGAGCGUCCAUUCUGCCCCUCACGCUCUCUGCCAGCCUCCUCUACAUUUCCGUCACCAGGAUUCUGUUGGUGAUGAACAAAAUCCAACCUUCCCCGCUUCCUCUUUUGGGGACCAUGAUCGAGAAGUUCCCUUCCCGCAUGGAGCCAGCUGUGUGGUGGCCGGACGAGCUACAGGCUAAACAUGAAAAGGUAGGCGAGGAGGCGGCGGAGAGGAAGGGAUGGGAUGAGAAGUUGGAGGAGGAAAUGAAGGGGGUGUUGGGCAUGGUGAGAGAAAAGGACGGUGCGGAAACGAGGGA